UCAUUGCGGCUUGAGGCAGACGUUUGGGAUCUGCUACACCUUGCAGCUCGUCUUUACGCUGCCGCGAGCGCCACCAACCGGCGUGGCAGCAUGAACGCGCUCUUGCUCGACGUGUGGGCAGCCCUGAAGCAAGACCACUCCGUCCUCGGCAUCUUCUGCGCGGGCGAGGUCAAGGACGACAAGCCCCAGCCCUUCACGCGCACCGAGCGCGGCCUGGUCCUGGGCAUGGGGCUCGGCCUCACGUGGCUCGUGACCCAGGCCAAGGUCUGGGCGAAGGGGGAGGCCGCGGGCAUGCUCCACCCGCCCCAAACCUCGCCCGCCUGA